CGGGCUCGGAGGCCCAAACUAACGGCGGAGCGCGCGCCUCGCUCCGUGCCCGGCGCUCGAGCCCCGCUGCCUCAGGGAGGGGGCGCCGCGUGCGGGACUCUGCCCUGCGGAGGGAGUCGGGGGCGUCUUCGGCUGCGGGCAGCGCCGUCCGCCCCACACGACCCCCGAGCCGUGGCGAGGAGGCGCCCAGAUAAUUGCAGUGGAGACAACCAUAAACUACUUUCUAAUUGGGAAUGAAGCUUUGAGGAAGGUAUUUCAAAAAUGACAAAGUUGCUGUUGAUUGACGUUGAUUGUGGAGUCGACGAUGCUCAAGCCAUAAUGAUGGCGCUGGCAUCUCCCAGUGUUGAAAUCCUGGGAAUUACUUGCUGUUAUGGAAACACAGUGUUGGAAAACGUCUGCAAAAAUGUACUUCGUGUACUACAAGUUUGUAAUAGGCUUGAGAUUCCAGUUUACCAAGGUGCAUCUGCUCCCUUACUUGGUGGUCCUGUGGAAGGGGCCAUGUAUCAUGGAAGAGAUGGUUUGGGUGAUGUUCCUGUUCCGAAUGCUCCAGGAUUAGACCAUCUACAGAAAGAACAUGCUGUGAUUGCAAUGUUAAGAAUUAUUAAUGAGAAGCCUGGUCAGAUUUCUCUAGUUGCCACUGGUCCUUUGACUAAUCUAGCUUUGGCAGUGAAAUUGGAUCCAACAUUUCCUCAGAAGCUUAAAAAUAUGUUCAUCAUGGGAGGAAAUGAAGAAUCCAGAGGAAAUGUUACAGUCUGUGGAGAAUUCAAUUUUGCAACUGAUCCAGAAGCUGCGUAUGUUGUCUUAAAUGAGUUCACUUGCCCUACUUAUAUUGCAACAUGGGAAUUUACAUGUCGCAAUUCAUUGUCUUGGGAAUUCUAUCAUGAGUGGGUUAAUCAGAACACCAAAAAAGCUAAGUUCAUGGAGAAAAUAUCUGAGCACAGUAUAAAAUUCACAGAUCCAAAACACGAAAAUACAAGCAACAUCUUCUGGACUUCAGGAUUUGUGUCUUGUGAUUCUUAUGCUAUGGCUGCUGCAAUUGAUGAGAGCUUUGUCACAAAAGCCAUAGAAACUGCUGUAAGUGUGGAGCUGAAUGGCUCACUAACUAGAGGAAUGAUGGUAAUGGAUAUGGCUGGUCUUCUUAAGAAGAAAAAUAAAGCUUUUGUCAUUAAUAAGUGUGAUUUAGAGAAGUUCAAGGGACUUCUCAUUGCUGCUUUAAAAUAACAUUUGGCUGUCUGAUAAAUUUCCCAAUCUUGUUAAUUUUGAACUGUAACUGUAGGUCUAGUUACAGUGGUACAGAUAACUUUAGAUUCAUAGCUACUAUCAGACAACAUACAAUUAUUUUUGGUUAAUAACUUUCUCUUAUGUCAGAUUUCCAACAAAGUGCAUUCAAGUGAAUAUGAAAAGGACCCAUUUAAAUCUACAGUAGUGAGAGAAUUCAAAGUGCAAGUUAAAAUGGCAGCCUAAUUGUUAGAUAACUCUGAAUGCACUUACCUGGUAGGCUAGUACUCUACUUUAGCAUGCAUUUACUCAAUAGACAGAAACAGCAAUAAAAGAGCAUUGAAAACUAGAAUAUACAUAUAAAUUAUGAUCUGUCAUCAGUUUGUAAGAUGGAGUAGAUAGAUUGUUCUAAUUCUCACUGCUUUAUUAUUAUUAUGAGAAAACAAUCCAAUUUUUACUUAGAGAAUCUAGAUUAAGGAUUUGCAAAGUAUUAUUUAAAAACCACUUUAAGAUCCAGGAGCUCAACAUGUAAUGAUAACAUUUAAAACACAUUUUUGAAAAUUUGUAAAAAGGGAAGAUGUAGAAGAAUUUGAAGGACCAUGGUCAUGGGAAACAAAACUGUUUAACUUCAGUUUACUAAUUUGAAUAUGGCCCAGAAAUGUAGUGAAUGAGUUUAUCAUGUGACAUCUGUUAUGUAUCUUAUUUAAAGUGGGUUUGUAACCUGAGUCCAGUUUACACAACAAAAAAGCACGCUUGUUUGUAGAUUAUGCAGAAUGAACAGCCCUGAAGACACAAGUAAAUGAGCAAUUCCUUCAGAAGCUUCAGAGCCAUGUGUUAAAUUAAUUUGUCAUGAGUCUUUGAUUGCUUUGCAUGCCCUGGGCCCAUUAAUCCAUCUCCUUGGAACUUAUCCUAAUAUUUCAAACCUCUGAGCAGCUUCAGACACCUACCAUUUAAGAACAAAACAUAAUUACACCUUCCCAAAUGGCUUUUUACAGUUGAGGAUCUGGCCCUUUGUAGUGAAAAUUUUAUAGGGUUAGGAAUACAGUGAAUGUUUACACUAACAAGAAAACUCUAAAACUCUGUGUAAGAUACCAUAUCCUGUAAAGUGGAUUUUAUUUGUCCAUACAGAAUGAUGUGGUAGAAAGGUUUUAUCGGCACUUGCUUGGGAUUGCCUACAUAAUUUUACCGCUGUGAAAAAUGUGUGAUCAUCCGAACUGGUCAUCCCAAACUCACACCCAAAGAACCUUCAUACCACUCCAUCUUGUAUUAUAUAAAAAAUAUUUAGAAGAUGAUAAAAGAACGAAUAGUACUUGUGGCACCUUAGAGAUUAACAAAUUUAUUUGAGUAUAAGCUUUUGUGGGCUAAAGCCCACUUCAUCAGAUGCAUGCAGUGGAAAAUACAGCGGGAAGAUAUAGAGAUAUAUGCAGAGAACAUUAAAAAAAUGGGUAUUGCCAUUCCAACUCGAAUGAGACUAAUCAAUUAAGGUGGGCUAUUAUCAGCAGGAGAAAAACACUUUUGUAGUGAUAAUCAGGAUGGCCCAUUUCCAACAGUAGACAAGAAGGUGUGAGUAACAGUAGGGGGAAAAUUAACAUGGAGAAAUAGUUUGUAGUUUGUGUAAUCACUCAUCCACUCAGUCUUUAUUCAAGCCUAAUUUAAUGGUGUCCAGUUUGCAAAUUAAUUCUAGUUCUGCAGUUUCUCGUUGGAGUCUGUUUUGGAAGGUUUUUUGUUGAAUAAUUGCAACUUUUAG